AGGUGCAUGGUACAUGUGAAUGUUUUCCCCUGUCCUUAUGGAAUAAUUUGGAGGAGAAGGGGAGAAUCUGAAAGGAGCUCUUCAUGCAGUUUCCCUGCCCCAGGUUCUCAUGUAUUAAUCUGAGAGGGGCUGAUCUGGGCCUGUAACCCCUUUAGCUGAUUUACUGUAUUGUUUCUAGUGACCUUACUUUCUUUAUUAACUUAAACAGGAAUAUGUCGAAGAAAGGAGGGAAACAAGCAGAAACGGGAAGGAAAGUACAUGUACCAUGUAAACGAGCAAAGGUGGCAGCAUCUUGCCCGCCUUCACCUAUGAACUAUGACAGUCCAGACAGUGUCUUUGAAAGUUUGAUCUUUCCCAUUGAACAAGAGAAGUUCUUCAAGGAGUACUGGGAACAGAAGCCAUUGCUUAUUCAGAGAGAUGACCCUUCAGUAGCUGCUUACUACCAGUCUCUCUUCCAAUUAAUGGAUUUGAAGGAGCUGUCCAGCCAGGGUUUGUACUAUGGAAGAGAUGUUAAUAUCUGCAGAUGUGUGAAUGGAAAAAAGAAGGUUUUAAAUAAAGAUGGCAAAGUGAACUAUAUGCAGCUGAAGAGAGACUUUGAUCAGAAAAAAGCAACGAUACAGUUUCACCAGCCUCAGAGAUUUAAGGAUGAGUUGUGGAGGAUCCAGGAGAAGCUGGAAUGCUACUUUGGCUCUUUGGUUGGUUCCAAUGUUUACAUUACUCCUCCAGGGUCCCAGGGUCUGCCUCCUCACUAUGAUGAUGUUGAGGUGUUUAUUCUUCAGCUGGAAGGAGAGAAACACUGGCGUCUCUACAAACCUACUGUGCAUUUAGCUCGAGAGUACAAUGUUGAAUCAGAGGAUCGGAUUGGGAAUCCAACACAUGAAUUCAUAUUAAAGCCAGGAGAUUUGUUAUACUUUCCAAGAGGAACUAUUCACCAAGCUGACACUCCUCUCGGGGGAUCGUAUUCUACUCAUGUGACCAUCAGCACCUACCAAAACAAUUCUUGGGGAGAUUUCUUGUUGGACGCGAUUCCUGGGCUCGUGUUUGAUACAGCGAAGGAAGAUGUGGAUCUAAGGACAAGUAUACCAAGGCAACUACUGAUGGUGGAUAUAGCUGACUCAACAAGGAGAUUAAGCAACUUUCUGAGAAGUCUUGCAGACCAGCUGGAACACACCAAAGAACUGAGAUCCUCUGACAUGAAGAAGGAUUUCAUUAUGAACCGAUUACCGCCUUUCUUGGGGAACAGCUCUGAUCCCUUGGCUCCAGGUGGAAAAUUACCAAAAUUAGACAGCAAAAUCAGAUUGCGGUUUAAAGAUUAUGCCAUAAUUACAGUGGAACCCGAUCAAGAAAAUUCUGAUGAGUGUCGCAAAGAGAUGGCUUAUGUCUAUCACUCUUUAAAGAACAGGAGAGAGAGGCACAUGAUGGGAAAUGAGGAUGAUGACACUAAUGAAGAAGGGAUAUCCGAGCAAAUCUGGAGAAGUGCUACUGUCGCUGUUAAGGAAUUGAGCCUCAAGUCAGAUGCAGAGAAACAGAACCUUGUGUUAUCACUCUGGACUGAAUGUCUCAUUGAGAUAAUCUGAGUCUUUCAAAAAUCAGCCAUGUUCCUGGAGCCUAACAUUUCAUCCGUGGAGUACGUACUGACAGACAGUCUGAUUCCUCCUCUUCCAUGGAGCGGGAGUAGGAUUUACACAAGCCAGCAAGGCUGCCUAGGAAAGGUGUGUGGUUUAAUCUCCACCUCUCAAAGCAACCCCGGUGGUGGUGCUGUCGCCUACACAAUAGCUCACUGGUUAAAACACUUAAGAUGUGGAAGACCUGGCUUCAAAUCCCCAAACCAGUGCAUCUAGUGUACUGACCUUCUGUCUCUCCCAUUGAGGUUGUUCCUCUUAAGGGAUUAAAGUGGCUUUGCACAUGCACAGUGGUGGAAAUUUAGAUGUCCACAGCAUGGGGGAAGCAAGGGUUGUCAGGAUCUAAAUGCCUAAUGUGGCAGUGAUGGCUGGAUUCAUUAAGGGAGUCAUUCAAUAAGAAACAGGUCUACUGCAAUGAGCAUCUAGUAAAACUGUGUUGACAUUAUACACAUCAUUUACUAAGUAAAACUGACAUUACCAAUAAAAAGUAUGACUCAACUAUGAUGGCUUUUCUUGGGUAAAUGUCUCACUAGGUCGUAGAAUUUGACUGCAGCACAAAGCUAUGCUAAAAAUUAAGCCCAGUGAGACUAACAGCAUUGGUUCUCAAAUACCCAUCUGAUUGUUGCUGAUCCUGCUUGGUCUCCCCCUUACUAGUGUUGGUCCAAUGCUAGACCUAUGACCCCUUUCAAAAGCAACUUGUUGGCUGAAAUCUCAGCUGCUGGGUGGUGUGUUUUUUUGGGUGCUCAUUUUAAUGUCCACCAUGGAGCAAACGUUGGGGCCUCUGACACAUUUUUAAAAUAUGCUUAACCAUGAAGAAAUAUCUACCUGUCUUUUGUUUCACAGUAUAGUGGAAGCAGAAGAAGUUAAAGUAUGGCCAUUAGUUACCUAGAAGCUGAACUAUCCCAUGGCAAAUAAUGUGAAUAACUUCCAUUUCAAGCCUACAGUUGUCUUUGCUCUCAUCUCAUGUAACUCACUGUUUGAAGAAGAGGCCCUGUUUAUCAGGGAAAACCCAAGCAAACAUCUAAGGUGGGGGUAACAGGACUAGUCAAGUAAAUGACUUGUGGUAAGGUAGGGCUAACCUGUUUUCACAGCUCUGCACAUCAUCAACUAGGAAGUGAGCCUGCCUGUAAAGAGGCAGAGGUAAAUACAAAAACAUUCUUUGUGGCUCAGGUCUGGGACACGAAGCAGAAUGAGACAACUCUGGCUAUAGCUGUGUUGUCAGUCCCUGGGAAAACAAACAGGUUAAAAAAAAUUGUGCCUUUUCUCCACAGCCUUAGGAGAUAGCUGGUUACCUCAAUGCUAUCGCAUCUCCACCUUUUUAAAAAAAAGUGUACGACUUUGUAGGAAACAUUAGUUACUUAAGACCUAUCAUCACAUGCUAACAAAAAAAUACCUUCAUCCCUGAAAUUGUCACCUUUUCAGUGGAGUGAAACAGUGCUAGAAAAUUUCAAAAGGUAGCACCUCUGAUAGAAUUUAGCUAGACACUCCGAUUAUUGCAAGAAGUGCCAUUAAUUUUAGUGACCAUAAAGGCAUAUCUAAACAUAUGCACAUCUUCCAGCACGCUAUCCCCCUAACACUGAAUAACCAGCAGCACUUGAGUAUUCCCUGCAUAUCUCCCAUCAUAAGAAACUCUGAAAUGGCUUCACAAAAUUGAGGGUCAAAGGUAAAAUGCAGAUUGUGCAGUAAGAAUGCUUGCAUUAUAUUUCAUUAAGAUUUUUAAUCCACCGGGGGGGGGGGGGGAGGAAAGAGGUGUCAGUGUAUACAUGCCAUGUGUUUAAAUGUUAUAAUGGGUGUUUUUGGGAAGGAAGUCACUUCAGCGAUUUUUGUUCCUUAUUGUCUUUGCUAAAAAGAAAAUUAUUGCAUUUACACAGUACAAAAUACUACAAGCUAAAGAAUCUCCCAGAAGUUUUUACAAUUAAAAUAUACAUGCUUUACUUUAUUAUAUAAUACCAGCUGUGAUCUACUCUUUGUUUUGAGGGAAAAGGGAUUAUAUUACAACUAGAAAGCACAAGUCAUAUUUAAAACUGAUGUGGUAUGUUGUGUAGAUUUUUCUAUGAAAGUCUGUCAAGUGCUUUAGUGAGAAAAUAUAUACAGUCACAAACCUAGUCACUUACAGAGCUGUAUUUGACUUUAGCCUUUUAGAAUGUAAAAGUAAAUAAGUGCAAGUAGGUACAGGUAUUCAAAAUAUAUCACUCCCUCUCAUACAAAAAUAGUCUUACGCCUGUUUCACUUUUCUGUGGCAAAAAUUUGGUUUUAGGAUGAGACAUUAACAUUUCCUAUAGCUAUUCCAAAAUAGCUAUAGAAAACAAUACAAUCGUUCACAUUUUGGUUUAGCUAAUCUGUACUCCUCGUUUCAUAGUUUAAUAAUCAAGACAAAAAACACAGGAGCCAGAGAACAUACCUCACUUAGAAAGCACUACAUAUUGAACUGCAUUUAGGAAGACACUAAUUCUGGGGAAACUUCAUAAAGGACAUUUUAAACACUUUUCUCCAAUGGGUAAAAGAAUAAACCGAAAACCAUGGAGCCCUCUUAAUACAAUCUGCCUGACAUAAAUAGUCAACACUUGAUUAACUGAAAGAAAGGUUGCAUAGCAUUGUGAUUUCACUGAAAAUUGUGCUUCUGGAAGUCACCAGCAUGUUCAGGUCUGUAGCAGAGGUACACAAUGCUGAUGAGCCUCAAGAAAGUUAGCAUGCAGCAGGUUGCUUCUUUAACCUUGCCGCAGCACAAGGUAUUAGUUAGCACCUUUACAAAACAAAUCCAUCUUGUAUGUGUGCUAUUGAAUAUACUGUGGUUUAAAGACCAAAAUGUAUUGCAUUAAUUUAACCUCUAUCCUCAGCAAGUCCUUUUAGAAAGCUAGCCUGAUCCAGUAUAUAUUUGCAGAUAUGACUCUCUACCUGCAUAUGAAAGUCUACUUUCUACCCUGGCUCAUGAGCUGGCAACUGAUAGGCCGCUGAAUCCAAAAACUGUUAUGGUUUAAUGCAAUACUACUUAAGACAAGGCCCUAAUUUAACCCACGUGGACAAUGAUCAGUCAUUAUAUCUGAUGCAAUCAAGCACUGGACUUCCAGGCUAGUCCUUUUUUUAGAACAGACUUUGUACCAAGAGAUGAUUUUUGUGAUUAAAACUGGAUUCUAAAUCACCAGCUUUUCCUUUAACUUUUGAGGAGAAAGGGUAUAAUAUGAACUUGUCUUUCCUAACGGGUGACCCAGGAAAGGCUAUUUAGAAAUAAACUGCCAAGUUUUUGCUACUGUAUCAUAUCUGUGCCUUCACUUAAAGAUUAACAGGACUAGUAAUUGUUACAGAAAUAUAGGCUUAAAUGGUGCCUUAAGAAGAGGAAGACCUCAACAUGGAGUCAUGUGAAUAUUAGGAAAAAAACCCCCAUUACAUUAACCUCACCUCUCCAAUGUGCAAAAUUCAGUUGUUUGGGAGUAAGUAGAGUGGACUUGCUGAGUAACAUUCCAUGUGACUUUAGUGGCAUGUGACUUCAGUAGUUCCUUCUCUCAAACACAGUGUUCAUAACCCACUUAGGUCCAUAUUCCCAGGAUCUUUGUAGUGGUUUUACUCACAAUAUUUCAAUGUCCCAUUUCUGUGAGAAUUCACUCUCCAGGGGCUGAUUUACAAUUACAUAGUUCCUGUCAUAAUAAUUUCCUCCUAAAAAUAGAAGUUCAUUAAGGCAAGGUUAAUUGUUAAUGCAGCAUACUCAAACAAAACAAAUAGACUGUUGGUUGUUCAAUUGAGUGUAUAUAUUGUACAUUGAAAACUAAGCGUCUAUAAAAUACAGGAAACUCAUUUCAAAGUUACUCAGACUUCUAAGCUUUAAAGUGAAUCUCAUAUUAAAAAUUUCCUAGAGGAAAUCAAAAGCUAUACAAGAUUUUGGAGGACAGGGAUUUUAGAGGUGGAGAGUGGUUUACUGUCACUGGGAGUACAGCAUUGACUCUUCACGUUUUUGUGCGUUAAUUUAUUCAGCUGUAAAAUGGCUACAGUACCUGUCACUCUGUCCGGUGGCAUAGAGGUGUAAUGUCUUAAUGAAAUGUUCAUAAGGAGCUGGAGCUCUCUACCUUCCUCUCCCUCCUUCGGAUGUAUCUGCUCUUGAGGGCUCUCGGCUUCUGUCCACUUUAAACACCACUACUUGUUAACUCCACCCUGUGUCUCCUCUACUCCCUCCCAUCAUUUCUUCCUCUCUGCUCUCCAAGCCUGUAUCAUCAAUCUUCACUUGACCCCUCUUCCCCACACUUCUUUCCAUCUCCCUCCUCCACAGUCAAAUUCGAGUGCCUUGAAUUUUUCACCUCAAUCCCCUCCACUCAGAGCCUUUGAAUGGGGAGGGUAGUGUUCAAAGAUUGCACACAACCUCUUCAUAACAACGGGUCUCUUCUCCCUACUCAUUCUCCUCCAUGUCUCUGCUGCCUUUGUACUCCUGACUCCUCCUUGAGAUCUUUGUCCUGGGUCUUCUGUGAUUGUACCCUUUUCUCCUCAGCUUGCAAUGAUUGUACCCUAUGUCCUUUCCUGGAGACACGGGUCACUAAAUUAGUGAUCAUAGAAAUGAGAGGUGGGACAGACCUAUAACAACAUCAGCUGGCUUAUUCUAUACAGCACUGUACUUCACAGUACAUUAUCUGGUCUAGUUUUAAGAGGCAGAAAAACAGUCUCAAGCAAAGGGUUUGCAACCUUUGGAAAUCACUAGAGAGCAUAAUCUUUCCCUACCUCAUAUUCAUCCUAAGUCUCACUCCCUUCAUCGCAUUGCUCCUAACUCUGUUUCCUUGUAUUGUCUUCUCUGAACUCUCUCCAUUUUGUCAAUAGAUUUCUUGCAUUGUAGCACUCAGAAACUAAUGUUAAGAUUUCAGCUGCCAGUUUCAUGCAUAUUGGCCAAAUAAGAGUUACAUAAUUGCCAGAGAGCUAGAAAGCGCUCUCUCAGUUUUAUUAUUUCCCUUAGGAUUUUUAGAUGCAAGUGUACCUCUGUGCUCAGGAAAAGCCUUUUUGCCAGG